AUGAGCGAUGGCGAGGAGAACAAUGACCCAUUGAUUGGAGCUGGACCUCCAAAGAAACGCCGAAUAGGAGAUGGUCCGGACGAUGAACCUCCGAAGUUGGCACCGACAGCCCACUACAGACUUGUAUACGGUGGAAAUUCGCUUUUCUUGUUUUUCCGCAUUCAUCAAAUGAUUUGCGAUCGAUUGGGGAAACUGAAGCAGAAGCAUCAUGAACAAAUAAAGAUUUAUGAGGAAGAGUUAAAGGUGGCUGCUAAGCAAGCUGAGUUGUACAAGAUUCAUGGUAAGGGCCUUGGUGGACACGAGCAGAACGCAAGUGAUACAAAUAAUGGAUUGGCGAUAAUCAAAACUCCACGACGUAACCCCACUACUAACUAUGCUGAUUUACUCUCAGAAAUCAAGAACCUUCUAGACGGCAAUAUUGAUUCAAAUACUUUCGAAGAUAAUGUUCGGACAGAGGAAGAGUAUGCACGAUCGGCUGAGACUUUCUUUAAUUGUCAGAACUGUUUCAAGAUUUUUGUAAUCUAUGAGAAGAAACCCGUUGUCACAAUAGAGCUUGUAGAUACGGAAACAGAAGAAGAAACCCAAGAAGAGCCUGCCCAGGCCAGUGAGAAUGUUGCACCAGGAGCCAGCAGUGAUGAUGAAUCGGAACUUCAUGAGUCCACUGAUGAAGAACACCGCCGUCAAAACGGCAGCGUAGAAGCGAUGAAACCAAAUGGCCUUUCUAAAAGGAACAGAACGGAUGUGAAUUCUGGUGGCCCGCAAUCAUCCACAAGCAUAUCCACUGCGAUGAAACGAAGUCGCUUGUUCUUGCGACGUAAUGUCCGAAUGCGAAAUCCUGAGAUCGCUGGAGAAUUUGUGGUUUUUGGCAGCACUACACCUACUCGCUGCACUUACGCAUGGGAAGGAAUGGUUCGCAGAAAUCGUCGUCGUGGGCUGUCGCACAUGGAACGAAUGCACUAUAUUCGCAAAUGUCGUGCAGGUGAGAUGUUCGCAGACGAGCAUGGUGCCACGUGGCUCGCAAAGGGAAUGCAAAAGACCCAAUCGCAUCAUCCCAUUUAUAAAUUUCUUCAAUUCAACAGGUAUUUACUCAAAAAUACAUCAAGACAAACACGUGUAGGAUUACAACGUGCUAGUUAACC